AUGAGGGAGGAAGUGCCGGAAUAUGAGCAUAGGAUUGCGUCACCAUGGCGGAGUGAAUUUGCGGAGCAUAGGUCGUUCGAUCCGCCAUACCGACCUUCAUUAGCGACAGUUGAUUACCAUAGCUCAGAAAGGAGAUCUGCCGAUCGAGGGUUUGCAUCACGGUUUUCAAGAGAAAACGAAGCAUUGUGCUCCUCAGCAAGGACAGUCGCAUCGCCGUUCACUGAUGAAAUUCUGAACGCGCCGAAUCCGAAGAAGUUUUCCAUGCCGGUCUUCAUUCUGUUUGACGGAACAACCGAUCUGAUCGAUCACAUAUACCAUAUUCAGUUGAAAAUGGCUUUGAAUACUAAUAAUGAUCAUUUGAUGUGCAAGUGUUUCCCUACGAGCUUGGCAGGACCAGCUCUCAAUUGGUUCAAGAAUCUGGCUCAAGGCUCAAUCGCCAGUUUCCAGGACUUAUGCGAUAAGUUCAUAAGCCAGUAUUACGGGAAUAAGCAUCCGGCUAAGGAUGUAUCGAGCCUUUUUACAAUGAAACAGCAUGAGGAUGAGCGGCUCCAAGCUUUUCUCACCCAGUUCAACCUCGUUAAAAGCAUGGUAAUAGAGUGUCACCCAUCAACAGCGGUCCAAGCAUUUAAACUUGCAAUGAAUCGGGGGACGCCGUUCCACACCAACUUGGUGGUUAAUACACCAAAGACAAUGGACGAGCUGAACGAGAGAGCUGACGGUUUUGUUCGCCUUGAGGAGGAAGAAGCAGCUAAUUCAAGGAAGACGUCAAUUAUUUCGACGGAGGAGAAGUCCAAAGCCAAGAUCCGGCAAAAACAAGCUCAACCGCAACGUCACCCCUCAUGGAAGGUAGAGAAGAGGCCCAGGGAGGAGGAAUCAGUCACUCCACUCAGAGUCACCUUAGCAAGGCUAUACCAGGAGAACAAAGAUAAGUUUCGUCCUCCUCUGCCAAUCAGGAACCUAAAGAGGCAGGUAGAGAUGCUGAUCGCAAAGGGGGAGUUUGCAAGCUAUGUUCAGGGUCCGGCGCAAGAGCAUAACCGCCCAACUGAACAACUCAAGCGGAACCAGAGGCCGAACCAACACAACUCUCAGCCCGUCCGGAUUAUAAACGCAAUUCAUGGCCGGCCUGAACAAACGACGGAGUCAAAGGAGUUGCUCAAAACGAGGUUACGCCAGGCCCAGCUGAAAAGAAGAAUUGGUAGUGUGCGUGUUUUGCACCAGCAGAACACAUCCACGUCGAUUAAGUUUGAUAAAAUGGACCUGCUGCGCGUUCAGAUUCCUCAUGAAGAUCCACUAGUCGUCAGUCUGACGAUUGCAGAAUGCCUGGUUCGGAGAGUCCUAAUUGAUCCAGGAAGUAAUGCGAAUGUCAUGCCCAGAGUGACGUUCGACCGACUGGAGAUCGAACCCGAGAAACUCAAACCCGCAGGAAAUCCGUUGCUCGGAUUUGAUGGGAAGCGAGUGGAACCCAUUGGAAUAGUGGAAUUGACAAUACAAGCCGCUGAGCGGGUUUUGACCGAAAGUUUUGUGGUAGUGGAAAUUCAUCCAUCAUACAACCUCUUGAUGGGCAGAGGAUGGAUUCAUAGAAUUUAG